UGCCGUCAACUCCUCAGAUUGAGCACUGCUAGCUGAAUUUGCAUAGCAAGCACAGCUCUGUCUGACGGCUACAUGGCCGCUCUUCUUUUUAUCCCAUUUUAGCGGUCAAUGUCAAGUCAGUUUUACCGAAUAAGUAAGUGAAAUAGAGCGAAGAGAGGCGUUUUCAGUCUGUAGCCACAAGUUAAAGGACGACAGCAGAAGUGAAAUCGGAGCUAACGUUGGUUAGCGAGCUAAUGUUAGCUUGCCGACGCAAUGGAGCACAGACGUAUCCGAGAUAAUGUUUGGCACCUCUGCCUAUAUUGACCAAGAUGACUGAAGUUCAGGCCACAGUGGAGUUCUCUGUAGAGCUCCACAAGUUCUACAAUGUGGACCUGUUCCAGAGAGGGUUUUACCAGAUGCGUGGCAGUCUUAAGGUGCCUCCUCGUGUCCCACACAAAGUUGAGACCAGUCUCCUUCAUCCAGGAGGCUCAGAUUUGGCGUUUCCUGCUACAAUCCAGGAUGACGUCAUCUGCAGCAAAACUUUCCAAAUCCUGUAUAAGAACGAAGAGAUUGUUGUCAAUGAUGUUCUUCUCUUCAAAGUGAUGAUGCUUCUGGAUGAGAAAAGGGUGGAAGAGUCCCUCAAUGAAAUGGAUUUCCAGCUCUGCCUGGAUUUGUAUUUCACAGAUGGCGAUUAUAUACCAGAAGAUCCAAAUUCUCUGCAGAAUAUUAGCAGUCGCGUACUUCAUUUGCACUUUAGCCUUCAGCGGGGCAUCCACCAACACAUCAAUGUCAUGUUUGACUACUUCCAUCUAUCUGUCAUCUCUGUAGCCAUCCAUGCCUCCCUUGUGGCACUUCAUCAACCCCUAAUCAGUUUUCCUCGACCUGUGAAAAACACAUGGCUGAACCGAAAUGCUCCCGCACAGAGCAAAGAUUCUAUCAUCCCACUUCUUGAGAAUGUUGUGUUUGGCAGCAGCUAUGUGAAGCAGGUGUCACCAGAUGGGAGGACAUUUCUGGUAUCAGACAGCUGUCUGCAACAUGCCUUCAGCAUGCACCAUAACCUCUGCUCCAUCCUCCUAAUAGUCUACCGGGGCCUCUUUGAUUAUUUUACCUCCAUAACCAAGGACCUGCCCUCCUCACACCGAAUGGAACUAGCCAAGCCCAGCAUGCAGGCGCUAUAUGAGAGAGUACUCAGAAGACCAUAUCCUCGAGGGCAAAGGCACGUCUACAUAGAACAACUUGACUUGGAGGCACGUCUUACAGAGUUGUGUGAACAAGUAAAGUUAAAGGCGGAGUCACCUGACGAGCUUGCAGAACUUGUUAAUAUGAACCUGGCGCAGCUGUGCUCUCUGCUCAUGGCUCUCUGGGGACAGUUCCUGGAAGUUGUGUCCCUGCAGGAACACGUUGCUGCCCUACUAGCAAUGGAGCACCACACACUAAGAGUCAGACGGUUUGCAGAGGCUUUCUUUUGUCUUGAACAUCCAAGGCAAUCUGCACUGGCAUAUCAGGAACUACAUGCUCACAGCCACCAACAGAUGACUAAUGCCAUAAAAAGCUCCAGUUACUUUCUCUGUUUGCCUCCACUACCAGUGGAAUGUGCAGACCUUGAUGGGGACGUUAGUUCUUUGCCAAUCAUCUUUGAGGAUAGAUACCUUGAAUCUAUCACUGAAGAUCGGGAUGGACCAUGGCUGGGCAUGCACAAUUCAAGAAUUCCCUCAGUUUCCAGUAAAACUGACAAGGUUAACUCAAAGGACUGCAGCGCAUCAGCCAGUACAAUACCAGAGUCACGGAGUGCUCUGCUUGAUAAUGCCUGGCCAGAAAAUUUUGAUCCACCACCGAAGUCCAAAGGCAAAUCAGUAAAACUGAAGAAAAACUCAAAAACUGAGAACUCCAAAAAGUUGACCAGACAGGGUUCCAAGGACUCUGUGGUUUUAGUGGGUUAUAAAAACCUUAAAGUACCCCACAGCAAUAUUAGCACAAAGUACAAAGAAGAGGAGGGCUCUGUUAACCAAGACGAGGACCAAGAUACCUUGCAGCUUCACUCAAGUAGCUAUUCACGGACUAAUGUAAGCUCUGUUUUUGAUUUUAGUGGCAUGUCAACAAAUAUGGGAAACACUGCUGAUGACUUUGUCACGAGCUACAAUAGAACUACUGCUGCUUAUAAUAAAGACGUUUAUAAAAAUCCUUCUACUUUGGACUCAAAAAGCAGACCUCAGGCUGGUUCUGGGGCUAUUAUGACAAGUAAACAAGUUCAUAAAGGUGUUCAUGAAGACCGCUUUGGCCAACAACAGCAACAGUGCUCUCCUGGCUUAAUGGAAAAUGAGUCAAAACCAAGUAAUAAGGAUGUCAUCCAAGCUGAUAAAGAAAACAUUCUUCUGCCAAAUCAAACUGUUUCAGGUCAUAGCAGUAAUAUUCCCAAGAUCACCAAGACGAAUGUGUGUGAUUCGCAGCAGUCGGCCCUGGAAUCUGUUUUUGAAAGGCCAAGUAAAACUGCAGCGCAACAUAGUCAGGCCUGUGCAGUCACAGUGCAGGUGAAGAGCGACUGCAUCAGGUUCCAAGAUGUAGGGGUCCCUUGUGCCUCAUCUCGCCUCUCGGACUCCGGCAUUGAGAGUGAGCCCAGCUCCUUUGCCACUCAGCUGGCUCAAGGACUACAAGCAGGGCCAGGCUUCACUGAAUCAGGUUUCACUGCUUCACACACAGAAAAAACAGUCCAAAUUCUCGCUCCGCUCCCUGUCCAGCAAAAUACAACGCAACGACCUAGCGGCACUGGAGAAAUUCUGUGUCCAGAAAAUACAAGUGCUUUAAGCGGAGUCCAGUCUUCACUUACUUCCAUCAACUCUCUGCCCUCAGAUGAUGAGGGUGAAGGUUCUUCUAAAAGCUCCAGGGGAAGAAAAUCUAGUGUUCUGGUGCAAGAGCAGAGUGUCGUGUUCUCCGGAGAUGUUACUCAAGUAACUGAUGUAACCUGCAACCUUGACACAAUUGCUGGUGAUUUUCAACUUCCAGCAGAUGUAAAAUCUGCAGGAAGUUCAGAAAUUGGAGUGGAGGAAGCCAGUGGACUGGGGACAUCUAAGGAAUCCCGGAGUGAUCCUCACACAGCUUGCCCUUCAAGUAACUCUGCCACAAGUAGCACUGAUCUGGUGAAGCGUGGGAUGGUAGAGAAUUACUUUGGCUCAUGCUCCAGCACAGACGUGUCUGAGAUCAGCCCUGUAGAAACAUCUGCCAUUACUCUUGGUAUUCAGGCAGAAGCACAGGUCGAGGAGGAUGAGGAUCAAACAGAACAUGAGAUGAUUGAGAACGGUUACUACGAGGAAAGCGACGGCUAUGAUUUUGUGAACGGUGUUACCGAUGAUGAUCCAGCUGAGGUUGCUGCGCCUCAAGAGCCACGCCAACUGUUUGAGCAACUUAGUGCUGCUCAACUCCAUGAAACUAGAGGUUCAUCAAAAGCUCCUUUAUGCUCCAACCUGCCCUCCUGCAGUACUAGGUAUAGUUUAAGUAAGUCUCCCUAUUCCUCCUCCACAUCAUCCAGUCUGCACUGGUACGAAUGCGCACCCACGCCACAGAUGAAAGCAUUCAUCAAAGCUAAAGAGGAAAUGAAGCAGUUAAAGCUCCCUGGUUUUCUGUACAGUGAGGUCCCUGAAUUGGCCUCCACUGUUCCCUAUUUCAGCUUGGAGGAGGAUGAGAGCUGUGAGGAAGGCAUCCAUCUCAUUGUGUGUGUACACGGUCUGGACGGUAACAGUGCAGACUUGAGGCUAGUGAAAACUUACCUGGAGCUUGGUUUGCCUGGUGCUCGGAUAGACUUCCUAAUGUCUGAAAGAAAUCAGAAUGACACAUUUGCUGACUUUGAGUCAAUGACAGACCGCCUGCUGGAUGAAAUCAUCCAGUACAUUCAGCUUUACAAUCUCACUGUGUCAAAGAUAAGCUUUGUGGGGCAUUCUUUGGGGAACCUCAUAGUUCGCUCAGUGUUAACCAGACCCAGGUUUAAAUGCUACCUGAGCAAGCUGCACACAUUUCUUUCCCUCUCAGGACCUCAUCUGGGCACACUGUACAACAGCUCUGCUCUUGUCAACACAGGCCUUUGGUUCAUGCAGAAAUGGAAAAAAUCUGGAUCUCUCUUGCAGCUGACGUGUCGGGAUCACUCUGAUCCUCGCCAAACGUUUCUGUACAAACUCAGCAAAAAAUCUGGUCUGCAGUACUUUAGGAAUGUGGUGCUGGUGGGGUCACUGCAGGAUCGCUAUGUUCCCUAUCAUUCUGCUCGAAUAGAGAUGUGCAAAACGGCAUUAAAAGACAAACAAACAGGGCCCGUGUAUGCUGAGAUGAUUGAAAACCUGUUGCUGCCAGUACUUCAGAACAAGGACUGUAAUUUAGUCAGGUAUGAUGUCAUUCAUGCCCUGCCCAACACAGCCAACUCCCUCAUUGGCCGCGCAGCGCACAUCGCCGUCCUGGAUUCUGAGAUCUUUCUGGAGAAGUUCUUCCUCGUUGCUGGCCUCAAAUACUUUCAGUAGAACAGAAUUGGAAUCAAACACUUGGCUGGACAAAAGGAAUGUGGUGCUGAUACCUCACUGCUACUAUAUAUUGUUUUGUUUGAAUUUUCUUCUGGUUGUGGGAUUUAGAUGAUCUCCUUUUAAAAUACACUUAAUUACCAUUCAAGCACAUUUUAGGAAAGAUCAUGUUUUUUUUAUGUUUAUACUGGAAUCAGUAGAUGUGGAGUUUACCAUUUUUAUUUUUCUACCUUAAUUUUUUAACUUUUUUUUUUGUUUAAGAAUUAAUUUCUCCCAUUAAAGUAUAUUUUAGUAUUUAUGUGCUAUGUUUUUAUUUGAGCUAUUUUACUUUAAGCUAACUGAGACAUUUUAAAUGCUGAACUGGAAAUGUAGCUGCUACAUAAUGGCUGUUUUUGGUGACCUGUCCCAAGUCAGUUGUGCACAUACUGUGCUCUACAUUGCAAAUGUUUUUCCACCAAUUUUGAGACAUUGCAUUUUUUGCACCAAGUACAUUUUACAAGCUUUUUUACUGAAAACAUCAUUUGUAAAAUAAAUAAAUAAAAAGUUACUUUUCUAUCAAUGAUUUCCCAUCACUUUUAAAGGCAAAGGUUUCAUCUGAAAUAGGAUUAUUGCUCAGAUUUUUUCAGCUUUGGCUUUGUUCUUGAUACUUUAUGUGGAGCAUUCUGAACAUGUACCCAGCCUGGCGUUGGGAGACUAAAGCUUUGCCUUUAACAUGGUGGCAUGUCAUUAUACAGAUUCAAAGUAACGAUCAUACAGGGAAAAAAAAGCACAUAAUGAAAGUAUCUGGUGAUUUGUUUUUUGAACAGUUGUUUAUAUAUAUCAUUGUACUCUACCAUUAAAAUGUACACUGUACAGUAGAUAACCUAACUUGUCUGUCUUUAUGUUCAUUUUUGAAAAAAAUACUGACAUUUCAAAGACUUUGGUAAAUUACAGCAAAAACAAAAUGUUUUUUGAAAUUAUGUUACAAUGCCUGCCAAUACAAUUUUAUCAAACACA